AUGGCACUGCCCAAAAACGCUAGUGCAUAUCAAAGGCUAAUGCUGAGAAUCGCUUUGCUCUUACCUGAGAAAUUCCGUCCUGUGUUUCUACAUCCUGCAGGUCCGACCACAAUAUUCUUCUGGGCACCGACAUUUAAGUGGGGCUUGGUAAUAGCGGGCAUAGGUGAUAUUAAUCGACCUGCGGAUACGAUUUCUCUCAGCCAAACGGCUAGUCUCAUGAUUACAGGCGCUAUAUGGUCUAGAUACUCGCUGGUAAUCAUACCAAAGAAUUACAAUUUAUUCAGUGUCAACUUGUUCACUUGUGGCACAGGAACAUAUAACUUCAUGAGAGGAUUGUUGUAUCAAAUGACACAAGAGUAAACAGACAUUUAUAGUGUGCGGAUCAUAAAAUAAUUGAAAAAGGAACUGAUGUAUUUUUUAUACAAAUGUGUAUUUUUUAUUAUAUAAAAUUAUUUAACAGUUACGCUAACUAUUCGUAUA